AUGACCUACGAGAUUUAUCAGAGCAUAAGCUUUGGCAUUUGUACUGCGUUCAACACCUUAGACGCAAGGCACACGGGAAGACAAGAGAACCUACAGAACGGACAGGAGACAACACUCUACCUCAGAGUUGGAGACGUUCACCGUGAUUCCAUGUCACGUUCCAAUGCAACCGGCUCCCCCAAUCCCUCCACCUUCAUCUUGUUGGGCAUCCCUGGCCUGGAGGGGGCCCAUGUCUGGAUCUCCAUCCCCUUUGCAGUGAUGUAUGCUAUCACCUUCUUGGGUAACCUCACCAUCAUGCUCAUUGUGAAGAUGGAGCCGAGUCUCCAUGGGCCCAUGUACUAUUUCCUCUGCAUGCUGGCUGCCACUGACCUGGUCCUGUCCACAUCCACCGUACCCAAAAUGCUGAGCAUCUUCUGGUUCAAUGACCGAGAGAUAAAUUUCAGUGCAUGUCUCACUCAGAUGUUCUUCAUUCACUGCUUCCUUGCAAUGGAGUCUGGGAUCUUUGUGGCCAUGGCGUUGGAUCGCUACGUGGCCAUCUGCAAUCCCCUGAGACAUUCCACCAUCCUGACCAACCCUAUUGUGGGCAAGAUCGGCCUGGCCAUGUUGCUACGUGGUGGCUUGAUCACAUUGCCCUGUCCCUUGCUGGCGAGGCAGUGGCCAUAUUGCAGAACCAACGUCAUCCUUCACACGUGCUGCGAGCACACAGCCGUGGUGAAUCUGGCCUGCGCCGACAUCCGCAUCAGUAGCUACUAUGGCCUCUUUGCGGCCGUCUUGCAGAUUGGUCUUGACAUAUUUUCUAUAGUUGUGUCGUAUACCCUGAUACUCAGGGCCAUCUUCAGCCUCCCCACCAAGGACGCCAGACUUAAGACUUUUGGGACCUGUGGUUCCCACCUCUGUGCCAUCUUAGCCUUCUACAUCCCAGGUCUCUUCUCUGUCCUUACAUACCGGUUUGGCCAGAGUGUGGCUCUGCAUUUCUAUGUUCUCUUUGCUAAUGUGUGCGUGCUGUUCCCCCCAGUGCUGAACCCCAUCAUCUAUGGGGUUAGGACCAAACAGAUCCGGGACAGGCUGCUCCGG